AUGCUGCGCUGCAUGCCGCCGCUCUGGCGCUGCAACCGGCACGUGGAGGCGCUGGACCGGCGGCACUGCUCGCUGCAGGCCGUGCCCGAGGAGAUCUAUCGCUACAGCCGCUCGCUCGAGGAGCUGCUGCUGGACGCCAACCAGCUCCGCGAGCUGCCCAAGCCUUUCUUCAGGCUCCUGAACCUGCGCAAGCUGGGCCUGAGCGACAAUGAGAUCCAGAGGCUUCCCCCCGAGGUGGCCAACUUCAUGCAGCUGGUGGAGCUGGACAUCUCCCGCAACGACAUUCCAGAAAUUCCUGAAAGCAUCAAAUUCUGCAAAUCCCUGGAAAUCGCAGACUUCAGUGGGAAUCCUCUCUCCAGGCUUCCUGAGGGCUUCACCCAGCUCCGGAGCCUGGGCCACUUGGCCUUGAAUGAUGUGUCCCUGCAGAGCCUCCCCACUGACAUUGGGAAUUUGGCAAACCUGGUGACUUUGGAGCUACGUGAGAACCUGCUAAAGACUCUCCCCACUUCACUCUCCUUCCUUGUCAAGUUAGAGCAGUUGGAUCUCGGUGGCAAUGACCUGGAAGUACUGCCGGACACUCUGGGCGCGCUCCCAAACCUGCGCGAGCUUUGGCUGGACCGGAACCAGCUCUCGGCCCUGCCUCCGGAGCUGGGCAACCUCCGCCGACUGGUCUGUCUGGAUGUGUCGGAGAACAAGCUGGAGCAGCUGCCCAACGAGGUCAGUGGGCUGGUGGCACUGACGGACUUGCUGCUGUCACAGAACCUGCUGGAAUGCAUUCCGGAUGGGAUCGGUCAGCUGAAGCAGCUCUCCAUCCUCAAGGUGGACCAGAACCGGCUGACAGACGUGACAGAGUCAAUUGGGGACUGUGAAAAUCUGUCAGAGCUCAUCUUGACCGAGAACAUGCUGACGGCCUUGCCCAAGUCUCUGGGCAAACUGGCCAAGCUGACGAACCUGAACGUGGACCGGAACCGUCUGACGGCGCUGCCGGCGGAGAUCGGGGGCUGUGCCAACCUCAACGUGCUGUCCCUGCGGGACAACCGCCUGGCACUGCUGCCCCCUGAGCUGGCCAACACCACCGAGCUCCACGUCCUGGAUGUGGCUGGGAACAGGCUGCAGAACCUGCCCUUUGCUUUGACAAAUCUUAACCUGAAAGCCCUGUGGCUGGCAGAAAACCAGUCCCAGCCCAUGCUGAAAUUCCAAACUGAGGAUGAUGAAAAGACAGGAGAAAAGGUUCUCACUUGCUACCUUCUCCCUCAGCAGCCCUCUCCCAGCCUGGAGAACCUUCUGCAGAACAGUGUGGAUGAAAGCUGGACAGACACCAACUUAAACAGAGUCAGUGUCAUCCAGUUCCUGGACGAACCCAAAGGAGAUGAUGAGGAGGAGUCUGGAGCUGAGAGACGGGGCCUGCAACGCCGAGCCACCCCUCACCCCAGCGAGCUGAAGGUGAUGAAGAAGGUGAUCGAAGUUCGGCGUAACGAGGUGAACGCCGCGAAGGCCGAUGCCGACCUCAACUCUCCUAACUCAGAAGAGAAGAGGCUGAGUGCCACGUCGAACCGCAGUGAGGACUCCCACGUGUCCACCAGCACUGCCUCUGCAGACUGCAGGGCAGAGGAGGGGGACCGGGGCUGGCCCAAUGGGCAGGUGCCCAACGUGCGGGAGCUGGAGAAGGAGGCAAAGCCCAGAGCAGAAGAGGAGCAUAAGGAAGCUGCUGGCCAGGAGGAGGAAGAUGUGGAAGUGGAAUACAAUGAGCCCACUGUACACUUUGCUGAGGACACACUGAUACGGAGUGAGGAUGAGGAUGAAGAUGAAGAGCGACCAUUCCCAGUGGAGAAGCAGAGGCUUAUCCGCAAGGACACGCCCCAUUAUAAGAAACACUUCAAGAUCACUAAACUGCCCAAGCCAGAGGCAGUGGUGGCACUUCUGCAGGGGCUGAACAGCGACGGGGUCCCUAAAGAGGAAGAGGAGUUGGGAGGCUGCAAUAACAACACAGAGCCCGAGGAACAGGAGGAAGCAUGGGAUGAGGAUGACAGGAAGAAUGGAGCUUUGUCUGCUCAGCCGUCCGUGAAGGGGGUGUCGUUUGAUCAAGCCAAUAAUCUGCUGAUUGAACCUGCUCGCAUUGAGGAGGAAGAGCUGACACUGACCAUCGUGCGGCAGACGGGGGGGCUGGGCAUCAGCAUCGCGGGGGGCAAGGGCUCCACCCCCUAUAAGGGGGACGAUGAGGGCAUCUUUAUUUCCCGUGUGUCCGACGAGGGUCCUGCUGCUCGCGCAGGGGUCCGUGUUGGGGACAAGCUUCUGGAGGUGAACGGCGUGUCCCUGCACUGUGCUGAGCAUCACGUGGCCGUGGAAGCGCUGCGAGGCUCGGGAAGCUCCGUGUCCAUGACGGUGCUGCGGGAGCGGAUGGUGGAGCCAGAGAACGCCAUCACUGUCACUCCGCUGCGCCCCGAGGAUGACUACAGCCCCCGGGAGCGGCGCGGGGGGCUGCGCUUCCCCGAGCGCCCCGAGGGAGCCCCUGCCACCGAGAGAUAUUCCACCUGCCUCAUGCGCAACGAGAAGGGCCUGGGCUUCAGCAUCGCCGGCGGCAAGGGCUCCACUCCCUACCGGGCUGGGGACACGGGGAUCUUCAUCUCCCGGAUCGCAGAGGGUGGUGCAGCCCACCGGGACGGAAUCCUGCACAUCGGAGACCGGGUCAUCUCGAUCAAUGGGGUAGACAUGACAGAAGCCAGGCAUGAUCAGGCCGUAGCGCUGCUUACCGCGGCCUCCCCCACCAUCGUGCUGCUGGUAGAGAGAGAGGGCUCGGAGCAGCCCGGCGAGGGAGCCUCGCCCGGCGCGCCCCGCGUGCGCAUGCACUCCCCCCCGCCGCCCCCCGGCCCCGGGGACAGCCCGCCCGAGGAGACGCCCGCGCCGCAGAGGAACCACCUCUCCAAAGGGCUGGAGGAUCAGUACCCCAUCGAGGAAAUUCAUCUGGUGAAAGCGGGUGGUCCCCUGGGCCUCAGCAUCGUCGGAGGCAGUGACCAUUCCAGCCAUCCCUUUGGGAUUCAUGAGCCAGGGGUCUUCAUCUCCAAGGUCAUUCCCCGGGGGCUGGCGUCGCGCAGCGGGCUCCGCGUCGGGGACAGGAUCCUGGAGGUGAACGGCAUCGACCUGCGCCACGCCACCCACCAGGAAGCGGUGAACGCGCUGCUCUCCAACGCCCAGGAGCUCACCAUGCUGGUCCGGAGGGACCCGCCUCCGCCUGGCAUGCAGGAAAUAUGCAUUGAAAAGGCUCCAGGAGAGAAGCUGGGCAUCAGCAUCCGGGGUGGAGCCAAGGGCCAUGCUGGCAAUCCGUUUGAUCCCACCGAUGAAGGCAUCUUCAUUUCCAAGGUGAGCUCCUCCGGGGCCGCGGCCCGGGACGGCCGCCUGAAGGUGGGGAUGCGGAUCCUGGAGGUGAAUCACCAGAGCCUGCUGGGAAUGACGCACACGGAAGCGGUGCAGAUCCUCCGAGGGGUGGGCGACGCGCUCCUCGUGCUGGUGUGUGACGGCUUCGACCCCAAGGCUGCAGCUGCCAUCGAGAUGUCCCCAGGAAUCAUCGCAAACCCUUUUGCUGCUGGCAUUGGGCGCAAGAACAGCCUAGAGAGCAUCUCCUCCAUUGACCGGGAUUUGAGCCCUGAGGAACUGGAGAUCCUGCAGAAGGAGAUGGAAAUGGUGAGAGAAGCAACUCAGUGGGAGAGAGAAGAAAUGGAGAAAGUGGAGCGGAUGCGUAGGGAGCGGGAGGCAGCCACGCAGCAGCUUGAGGAGGAGGUGGAGAGCAUCCCCAGUGAACCCCUGCGCCUGGACUACCGGACCCUGGCAGCGCUGCCCAGCAGUGGCCUGCAGAGAGGCAACCGUGCUCCUGCUCAGUGUACUAAGCCCAGCUCCAGCAUGGAGGGUGACUGCACGGUGCUGUCCCUGCCCAUGGCACGGGACAGCCGGGAAGCGUCCCCGGACCCGGCACACCCCACGGGCACGACCAGCAGCAGCGUGGCUGGGCCCCCUCAGCACCCCACGUCACCCCAUCAGCACACGAGCGGGGCAGAACAGCCCUGGAGAGACAAGCAGGACUCCACAGGGUGUCCCUUGUCCCAGGAGCAGCUUCCAGAGACGCCAGAGCCAGAGUGUCUGAUCGACUCGCAGCCCAUCCCCUUCAGUGAGAACCCCUUUGUGGUGGCCAACCGCAGGGGCAAGGCUGCGGGCACAGCCAGCCUGGGAGGGCCUCCCCUGGGCUACGGCAGCGGGGGCGUGCUGAAGACCAGCCUGUACUGCAAGGCUCCUGUGGGCGAGUCUGGGACAGGAAAUUCCAGGCGUGAAACCCCCUAUUCGCCCAGUAAUCCACAGGUGCCCGCAGCCCCCCGGCCCCCUCACCUGGCCGGCAGGGAGACCCGCUUUGCUUCCAUUAACUUCAUUACGUCGCAGGAUGACAGUAAAUCAACCAAGCCCGGCGUCAUUCAGCCUCUGUCCCGCGUGCGACAAAGCGCCGCCUCACACACUGCGGAGGAGGGGGACAGCCCCAACCCCUUCCAGCAGCCCGAGCCAUGCUUCAGGAUCCACAACUCUCAAAAGCCACCGUCGCCACCCUCCCCUGACGAGGUCCCCAUCAAUGUCAAGCAGGCCUACAAGACCUUCGCAGCAGUGCCCCUGUCCCACCCGCUGCUCGGGACACAGGAAUUGUCUGGUCAGAGCAGCACAGAGAACACCAAAAUGGCCUCGGAGGAGGCCAUGCACAGGCCCGGGGGACAGCACAGCCCCGAGCAAAGGUCCUUCCGUGAGAGGCAGAAGUAUUUUGAGAUUGAAGUGAAGCAGCAGCACCUGGACAAGCCUCCCAAGCGUGUGUCCUUGGUGGGGGAGGAUGACCUGAAGAAAAUGAAGGAGGAAGAAGCCCGCAAGCUGCAGCAGCAGCGAGCCCUUCUGUUGGAGGAGGAGGCCGAGGAGGAGGAGGAGGAGGUGAGGCAGGUGCCCGAGGCCGUGCAGUCCAGCAUCAUCAUCGAGGGUGUCGAGUACAAGGUCGAGAGGCUGAAUGGAAGGAGCAUCCAGGCUCCAGCAGCUCGGCCCUCGGAGCUCAGUGAGAACAGCAGCUUGCAGAGGAAUUCUCUGGAAGAGGGGAUCAAGCCUGAGCAGAGAACCAACUCCAUGUCAGGGCUGAGCCCGUCGUUCCCAGGGGAUCCCGGCGCUCCGGUGCGGACGGCCAAGGCCGAGCGGCGGCACCAGGAGCGGCUGCGGAUGCAGAGCCCGGAGCUGCUGAGCGGGCAGGAGAAGGAGAAGGAGCUGUCUCCAGCGGAGCGCCGGGCACUGGAGGCUGAGAAACGGGCUAUGUGGAGGGCAGCACGAUCCUCAGCUCUUGAAGACAGUAUUAAACAGUACGAGCAGGAUCUGGCCAGGAAGCUGUACCAGUCCCGGCAGUGGGCAUCUGCUCCCGGGGCCAGGCCAGCUCAGAUGUCUAGCCCACUGGUCACUAACUCUGCUUUUCUGUCACCUCUUCCAGAUUGCAGCCCCAGGAACGUCACGUCCCCGGGAAGGCUGUCCAUGUCUGAAAAGAAGUUUGACUACCGGGAAUUUGCUGCUAUUCCUUCCUCCAAACCUGUUUACGAAAUCCAGUCGCCUGAUGCAGCUGAUGACCUCAGAUACGUCGACGACCGAAAUAAUUCAGUUCCCCGGGAGCAGGAUGGGCAGCCAGAGGAAGAGGACACGUUAGGAACACGGGAUCCAUCAGCACCAACUCCCUCAGCCCUGGAGGACAUGGCCCUGUACAGCAGCAAGCGCAAGCUCCGACACAGCCGGCGCAGUUUGGAGACCGCUGUCCCCACGUAGGUGACCCGACACACCCGGGCGAUGGACGAGCCCGGCACAGCCCUUCCGAGCUGCCCGUGCUCCAGGGACAGCACCGGGCUGCCACCCUGCCGCCUCCAGACUGGAUGGGACCUGAGCACCCCGGGAGCUCUGUGGCCAACUGACUCCUCCGAGGCUGUGAACCACCCUCGUUUCUCACCCGACAGCGCACUGGGGCACGUCCCGAAAACGGGGCAACACUGGACUGACUGCUGGCAGAUGGAGAGCAGGGGUGGGCAGGACAGCGGGCAGCUCGUUAGCCUGUAAAUAUUGUGUGUGGGGAAGGGUAGGACAGGGAGAAUGUAGGAGUGUGAGAGUGUGUUGGGCUCCAACUGUUACUGCCUCAACUUCGUUUUUGUAGUGGUUAAAAGGAGCUUUUCCUCUGGUGGGAAUCAGGAGGAAGGUCCAGCCUGCCUUUACUCCUGUUUAAUUUUCAGUUUUUUGCCAAAAAGCAUCUCCUCCCACCUCCUGCACUGUGUCACCUCACUUCCCUUUGGGACCGUGUGGGAAUGGGAAGCUUGGAGGCAAAAAAAAAAAGAAAAUACAAAGGAAAAAAAACCUGCAGAAUUCCAGCAAAGUGCCUCCCUCUGCCACUGACACUCUGUGCUCAAGGAACAUGCCAAAGCCUGGGCCAGCUCUGUGCCACUUCCUCUGUCCAGGUAGGACACUGCUCCUGCUGGGACUCUGUGCAGUCCUAGGGACAGGUCCUUCCCUGGAUGGACACGUCGCUGUGUGUCACACGUGGUGGGAGCAGCUCCACGAGCACACAAGUGUCAGAGGAGGCCAGGCUCUGUCUUCUGUAGCACUGGGGCUGAACUGGUGGACUGGGGCAGGAAUGGGACGGAGCCAACAGCUGUAGCAGGGGUUUGGGGGGGGUGUGACAGCAAUGGGGAGCAGGAUAGUUGGGGUAGGACACGGUGGCAGAGGUGGGAGGUGUGACAGCAGUACCUUAGUGGGUAGGAUUCAGAAACUGGGAAUGGGUAGGAUGUGGCGUUGCUGGGGUCAAGUUGGGAAUUACGGGGUCUUAGAGGUAGGAAAUCUGGUGGGGAGUCCACAGUGUCCAUGGCUGGCCGCGAGGCGGAGUGGAGCGUCACAGGGUGCCUGGCAUGGGGCUGGCAGGGAGCACCAGGAGCACCACGGAGCAGGACGGGGCUGGCCUGUGCCUUGCAAUAACUACACAGUUCCACUUUGCCAGCUUGUUGGCUUCAGGCCCCUUUCUGUGGAGAAGAGGGACAAUGAAUGUUUGCCCAUGCAAGAGGGAAAAAGGAAAAUGAAAAAUGAGCGGGGGUGCGAGUCCUGGGUGUGAGUUCUGGUUUCCACAUGUGGAACGGGGGCUGCGAGCAGGUUCUGUAUCACGUGAGCUCUGCAGAUGUGGAGGUCACAGCUGCUGCUCCCAGCUCUGCCAUCAACCUCUGCUGCCACUACUGAGGGGAAACAGCCCUUUUCUUUUUUUUUUUUUCACUGCCUCUAACUGGGAGGAAGGUCCGAGCUUGGCCCGAUCCCAUUCCCCGUCCAUUGGUGCUCUCUGACUCCCCAGCAAGACCAGGGUUGGACCUUGAGCCUGACAGUGGCUGGGCAGCGACAGGCACAUCUGCUUGUACAUUUGCUGAAGGAAAGAACUGGAUGCAGUUUUUUUGUUGAGCCUCUCCCUUCAUGCCAAAAUCCAGUGGAUCGUUUUAACUGGCACCGUAUGCUUUGAUUUUACAGAUCUGUGAAGGGGAAACUCUGAUAAUCUCUCACUGCAGCCAUGGCUGCUUCCAUCAUCAGCAAUUUGAGCUUUUCCUUUUUAAAUCUAAUUUUAGCAUUUGCUUUUUAACAACAGCAGUUUUGGAAACAAUCCUGGCUGGGUUUUGGUGACUAACUUGUGAUUCUUCUCUCCUUUCCCUGUGCGGUACCUGGUGCCAGGCUCUGGGUUCUUUCCCGUUCUCUCCCGAGAGACUCCAAGGGAAAAUUAGCGCAUCAAGACUGUAACUAGUGAAAUUUGUACAACCAAAGAAAUCUAUUUUGUGGUUCAAGGAUAAUAAAGUUUACUUUACAUUUUAGA